AACAUGACUGACGAAGUAGAGCCUGAAGAACAAAAAAAGGCAGUGAAAGAAAUCGUAGUGGUGUUCGACGAGGGGACCUUCGUGCACGAAACUGGAGACACCUACGGGGGCUCCUUCGAGGCCAGGAAGAAGGACAGGUUCCUGAAGAUGAACGGUCCCGGCGUCUACACUACAGCAGAAGGUGAUGUGUACACCGGCGCCUGGGAAGGCGACCGCCUCGUCGGCGACGAUGUUACCAUCACUUACACCGACGGCUCCAAAUAUGAGGGACCAUUCAAAGAGUGGAGCUACAACGGUAGAGGCAAAUACUCAUAUCCUGAUGGCACGGUGUUGAAUACGGAUUUUGUUGAAAACUGUCCUGUAAAAGAGAUGCUGCUGACAGAUCCGAACGGCCAUGUUUGGUUGGGACGUGCAGACGUCGGGUUUGGACGGCUGGAUCCUUGGAAUCACUUCUAUCAGGGGUUAGAGAGACCGAGUGAGAAAUCACAGAGUAGCCAGGACAGGGCUGUUCAAAAUAAUUAGAAAAACAACUGACA